CAUGCUCAGCUGCUCAUCACUCCCUCCCUUUUUUCUUCUCUCUUUCUCACUCUUCAGUUUUGUUUCUCUUAACUUUUUUUUUUUUGCUCUUUCCUGUGAACAGAGAGUGUUAUUUUAGUUAGUACCCUCGAUAAUGGCGUGAUCAAUAAAGCUUUGAAGAGGAAGAAGAAGUAGAAAUAAAAGUCAUCAUAUUUUCUCUCUCAACUGUUUGGUUCAGUACUCAAAAUUAGUUAACCAUCAACUAACCACCCACAACUGAAAUUUCAUCAGCUGAAACAACUCCGAAAGAGGGUUUUUAACUGUUUCGUCACUUUAUUAUUACUACUUCUUUUUCUGCUCAUGAGAUGAAAAGGGGGAUUAAUUAGUUAGAAAGGGUUGAAAUUGAGUUUAGAUUUUAAGUUCGGAGAAACUGAAUUUCAAGGAAGAGAGAAAAUGGGAAGAGAUGUUAAUUGGGGUACUGGUGUAGCACCAACAUCAGGAGUAGGAGUAGUAGGAGGAGGAACACCUCCAUUAUUUAUACAAAGAGAAGAACACUGGAGACAUUUUGAUAACUCUGUAAAUGCUGUUUCUUUUGGAUUCGUGGCUACUGCUAUACUUAUUUCUAUGUUUCUCAUUAUGGCCAUCUUUGAAAGAUUUCUUAGACCCAGAUCAACCCCUCUCUCUAAUUCUUCCGAGGCUGUGGCUGGUGGUGGUAGAAAUAUUAAUCACAGAGAUCUUGAUCAUCAAUCACAGAUGGGUUUCAAUGGCAAGCUUGGUUUUCCUUCUCCCAAAAUGUCAAUCUACUCCAGAGGCGUGUCAGUCUUGAUGCCCGGAGAUAAAAUUCCUACUUUCAUUGGGCAUCCGGUUCCUAUACCAUGCCCUCCUGAACGUGUAUUUUGGCCUCACCAUCAACAAAAGCCUCCUGGUAGUAGUUCAAGCUCACCACCGUCAAAUGUUACCUGAAGAAAGAAAAAAAAAGAGGUUCAAAACCCACAUCUAUGAACAGUGCCGACCCUUCUUUUUUCUCACAUAAUUUUCUAUUGAGCUUUACAGAAGAAGUGAAUUUGAUAUGUAUAGGGUUUUGUCCAGUCCUGCAGGAUUAGCUUUUUUUAGGAGAUCAUUAUUAUUGAACUGAAUUUGGUAACUCAUGAUGUCCCAUUUCAGGUUCUCAGAAAUGGGUGGAAGUUCUUUCAUCAACCUUUGUGGACUUGAUCUGACUCGUAAUUCUUGUAAAAAAACAAAUUGAGUGGAAUAUAAUUGUAGUAAAGAUUUAGACGUAUAUAACGUUUGAAUUAUUUGGCAA